AUACCUGCCUGAAUAAAUAACAACAAAUACUAAACUAUUUAUAUAUGUGGAUAUUUUUGAUACAGUUUUUAGAACAUGUUUCAUUUAUAGUUUAUUUGAAUGCGUUACAUUUACGAACAUAAAAUAGUUGACAAAUUACUGAAAAUAUAGAUCACAGAUGUCUGUCAAGUUUCGGAACACCUCGAUUGCUAUUACAAAUACAACAUAAACGCGUUUUUUGCAAAGUUUCAUUCUGUUUUUUAUUUACACGCAACUUACGUGGUUUGAGGUGAUCAUAGUUUUGUGACAAUGCCAAGUAAAAAGAAAAAAUAUAAUGCACGUUUUCCAGCGGGUCGAAUUAAAAAAAUUAUGCAAACUGACGAGGAAGUUGGGAAAGUUGCACAAGCAGUACCAAUUAUAAUUUCUAGAACAUUAGAACUGUUUGUACAUUCACUGCUUACAAAAACAAUGGAGAUUACAAGUGCCAAAAAUGCGAAGACUUUAAGUCCAUCACAUAUGAAACAGUGUAUUCUGUCAGAAAGCCGAUUUGAUUUUUUAAAGGAUUUAGUGAAAUCAUUACCAGAUGUAUCAGGACCUGACGAAGAAGUGCCUACACCACCGUUGACACCUGCCCCAGUGAAUACAAAUGUAUCAAAUACAUCUGUUUGUGCACCUGUGUUAAGACAUACUGAAACAGGAGCUCAAAAACAACAAAUGGGAUUAAGUACCGAAGUAAAUUUAGAUCAUAAAAAUUCAAAAGAUAAUGGAGGAGCAGCAAUACACAAUUUGAGUGGUGUUAAUGAAACAAUUAAAGACACAUCUGUCUCACAAGUUCCAGAAUUUCAAAUAUCUGUGCCUGCAUCAUUUCAAAUUAGUCAACCUAAUUUUUAUACAGAAGUUAAUCCUAUCAAUUUAAGUACAAACACAUCUGUUGUAAAUGCAAAUAAUCAGAUAACAUCAAAUUUUGCUCAUACAGCUACGCUUGACGAAGAUUAUGAUACAUAGUCAUUUUUCAAUGCUAGGAGUAUAAAUUCAUACAUUAUCAAAUUCAAAACAGUUACAGAAGUAUUUAAUGGAACGUCACAAAUUUUGAUUUAAACUGUUCAUUGUCGAUAAUUUAGAACACGUAAUUUGCAUUAUUUGAGCAGUUUUGUUGCUUACAUAUGCUUUAGCAAUCAUAAAGUUUUGUAUUUUUAUAUUUGUUUCAUCAAAUUGCAUGAAUGUUUUGUUCAAACUAGUUAAAUUGAUGUAUUUGAAAUUCAAGUACUGUCAUACUUGAUUAAUAUGAAGCACUUAUAUUUUUAGUACAUUACUGUAAAGUAUAUACGUGUAUAGUAAGUGUGAACAUUUGAAUUCACACAACUCUUGGAUGCUAUGAAACAAACCUACAUUGCUAUUAUUUUGGACACAGUUUCUUUUCACUGUUUAUAUACAUAUUUAUAUAAGUCCAUUGUACAUUUGUGUAGGUACAAAUACUUAUUGUUAAGAAUGUAGUUAGAUUUAUAUUUAGUAACUGUCAAAUUUUUUUAAUGUACCUCAAUUAGUUUAUAUAUAUUUUAGAAUUGUUAUCAUUUGCAAUACCAUGUAUACAUAAUAAGCUUUGUAACUAAGAAUUUUUUUAUUACACAUGUAUGUAAAAUAUCCGGUUUUUAUAUGGACAAACUUAAUAUGUAACAAGAUAUUUUAUAUGUUAACAACAUUUAACAGAUUUACUUUAAAAAAUUGAUGUUGUCAAGUGUUUCUCAUUAGAUGAUACGUGUCAUGUACUAUUUGUUCUUGUACUUGAUAGAAUGUAUAUUUUAUACUUUGUAUAUCAGUUUGGGGAUACAUGUAGAAUUAUUACACACAAGUGAUCAGAAUAUUUUGACGAAAACUGUUAAAUGUUUUGAAAUUCAGUAUGUAAAAGAUACAAUCGAGUAAAAAGAGUCUAUUAAAAUUUAUAGAAAUUUAAA